GGUUAUGUUAGUGUGGAACGUGGUGGUCUUUGGUGUCCUGGCUGUGGGCUGUCGGGGCUCUCUCCCGCAGCCCCGGCCACAGCGUCGGGUGUCUCCAGGGCGCUAUGACCUGUCACAGGACUUGGCUUCGAUGCCAGGCUCGUCUGCAGAGGCGCAGAGUCAGGGGGUCCGGCGGGGCGACGUGAGACGCGUCCCGCUGCAGCGCGGCGCGCGGCAAGAUGCCGACAUCUACCUGAGGCACGAGGGACUGAGAAAUGAAGCAGCAACAAGAACUAACUGCAAAAAUCGCCCUAUUGACCUGGUUUUUAUCAUAGACAGUUCCCGCAGUGUGCGCCCUGCUGAAUUUAAAAAGGCCAAGGAGUUCCUGCAGGACAUGGUGGACAACCUGGUUAUCGGCAGAGAUGCCACUCGUGUCGGCCUCGUUAAUUAUGCGAGCACAGUCAAGAUUGAGUUUCUCCUCAACACUUUUUUUGACAAAUCCUCUGUGAUGCAGGCACUCGGCCAAGUUGAGCCCUUAGCUUCAGGCACCAUGACGGGCAUGGCGAUCAGGACCGCCAUGGAAAAAGCCUUCACCAAGGAGGCCGGGGCCCGAUCUGCUUCCAUGAACAUUGCUAAGGUGGCUAUUAUAGUGACUGAUGGGAGACCUCAGGACAAGGUGGAGGAGGUGUCAGCCACGGCCAGAGAAUCUGGGAUUGAAAUCUAUGCAGUGGGAGUUGACAGAGCUGAUAUGGCUUCCCUGAAACUUAUGGCCAGCCAGCCGCAUGAUGACCAUGUCUUCUAUGUGGAGACCUAUGGUGUGAUCGAGAAGCUUGCAUCUAAGUUUAGGGAAACUUUGUGUGGUAAGGAUGAUGAUAAUGGGAGUGCAGAUAUUGAUAACGGACUAGGCCUAAAUGGCAGGAAAGACGAUAAUAAGCGUGACAGUGAAGGGAACAACGGUUUGGAUCCAUGUGAUCAAGGACACAACUGUCAGCAUAUUUGUGUCAACAGUGGCGACUCGUACAUCUGCAAGUGUCGCCCCGGCUACAUCCUGAAUACAGACAAGAAAACAUGCUCACGUGCAGAUGCUUGUACCAAGGGACAUGACUGCCAGCACAUUUGUGUCAACACCCGUGACUCGUACAUGUGCCAGUGUAGAACUGGAUAUGUGUUGAACACAGACAAGAAAACAUGCUCACGCAAAAGAUUUCUAGGUGUGGAUGCAUGUUCUUCAGAACAUAACUGCCAACAUAUUUGUGUGAAAAAUGGAGAUUCUUAUGUUUGCAUGUGUCGCAAAGGAUAUUUGUUGAACCCAGACAACAAAACAUGCUCACGUUAUGAUCCAUGUGCCCUUGGACAUGAUUGCCAUCAUAUUUGUGAAAAUAGUGAUGCAUCAUAUGUCUGCAAGUGUCGGGCGGGAUAUGUGUUAAAUGCAGACCAGAAAACUUGCUCACGCUCAGAUGCAUGUUCUCAGGGACAUGACUGCCAGCAUGUAUGUGUGAACAGUGGAAGCUCAUAUGUCUGCAAGUGUCGGCUGGGUUAUUCGCUCAACAUGGACAGGAAGACAUGCUCACGUUUGGAUGCAUGUAUUCAGGGACACGACUGCCAGCAUAUCUGUAUCAACAACGGUGUUUCUUACAACUGCAAGUGUCGAGUUGGAUACAUACUAAAUUCAGACCAGAAAACAUGUUCACAGGAAAUGAGGAGUGAAAUUUCAGAAGAUGCCUGCAUGUGCGAAGCUCAAAUUGUAUUCCAGCAGAAAGUGCAGUCAGCCAUUCAAGAGCUCACCAGGAAAAUUUCUGAACUUUCAGACAAAGUAAACAACAUUGAAGGCACAUUCCAAGAUUGAGAACAAAGAGGAAGUAGAGGAAAAAUGUCAGUACUUUUAAUCCAAUCAAUGUUACAAAAUAUCAUGUUCUGUAAAAGUUUUAAUUUCCUAAUGUUUUCUGAAAAUUUGCAUUGUGUUUUUUAUGUUACAACAAAUUGCUCUGGUGCUGUGUUUCUGAUAAACUCACAUUGAUGGCAACUCUGGUGUAAUUGCCCACAUUAAAAAAAAGACAACUCAACAGGACUGUGUUUAUGUCUUCUUAUAUAAACCAGUUAAAAGUUAUAUAAUUUGCUUUGAUUACUAAAAGCAGGUCAAGAUUUUUUUGUUUGUUUUAGCAAACAAAAAAAAAAGUUGAACUCCCUUGUGAAAUAGUUUACGGAGUUCAAAUAUGACUCAGACCUGGCCCAGUUUUCUUGGCAACAAUGCUUUUAAUUAGAGAUUAUGUCAAGCUAAAGGUUUUGAGAAUGUAUUUUCUGAAAACAAUUAUUUUAUUUCAUUUUCUGUCUUUGUGUGUCUACAUUUGAAUGAUACAUUUUGGUGCUUUUUGAAAUAGAAAACAGUUAUUUACAUGUUUUCUAAUGGGAACGGCUACAUAAAAUAAACUUUUAUGAAUCAACAUUUUCCACACAACUGUCUUCACUCUUGUAAAGGCAUAGUCUUUAUAUUACUGUUGAUACUUAUUGCUACUUUUCUAUGUGCUCAAAAGUGAUGACUUCAUUAACAAAAUUUUAAUAUUUUCAUGAAUACAUGUUUUAUGUAACAGGCUGUAUUGUUAUUUGAGAGCCACAUUGCUUCGAAUAAGCAAUAUGGUGCUUAUUCAAACUAUAAAUUACAUUGUAUUUUACUGGGAUUUUAUUUGUUAGACCAACACAUAAAAGUGAAAUGAAAACAAAGAUAUUAGUACAUGGAUUUUAUUGUCUUACAGCUAACAAGCUGAAAAGUGUAAAAUGCACUGUGACCCUUUCCUCUGACAACCUAAAAUAAAAUCAAGUGCAAUCAAC